AUGGUGUCGAAAACGACGCAAUUCAAGGAAGCCCUGAAGACCUCGCUCACCUCUCUAGGGAGCCGUCCGCAAGCCACCAGCACGAAGAUUGACGUUGACGUUGCAGAAGACGACUGCACCGAGAGCACCGACGUCUUGGCGCCUCUGCAGAGUCCGUCGAAGCACCGUCAGGCCCGGACGAGCCCCCGGGGCAACACGUAUCCUUCCCUCUGGUCCGACGUUGACCGUUUCCUUCCAAGCGAUCCCCCCGCCAGUGAUCCUAGGCUAGAGACAGGCGAUGAGGAGGAAUCGGACGGCACACAUUCGACCCGUGCCAUCUUAACUCCUGACCAAUCAGAGCCUUCGAUUGCACCCGAUCAGCUCCUAAUCGUGCCUGAGAUGAACGGCCCAGAUCAUCCUGAGUCAGUGGGCGUUGACAGUGGAGGAGAGGGGUUUGUGGUUCCUCGGUUGGGGCACGAGGAGCACGGGGCGGGAGAAGGGGAUGAGGGCAAGAAGGGGCAGGGGAGGGGUGAGAGUAGGCGCGCACAAGAGGAGGAGUUCAGCAUGAACCUGUGGCUCAUGGGGAGCAGCAACGGGGGAAGCAGCACCACCAGCAGCACCGCCGGGUGGUUCCCCGCGAGCAGCUCGCAGACGCAGGUCACUCUUGCUGCCCCGGGCUGCGUGCUCGCCCCCUCCUGGAGCAUCAGCGGAUUCUCAAACACCCAAUCGCAAGGAGGUGCGGCGGGGAAGGAAAGGGAGGGGAGGGCAGGAGCGGAGGCUGAGGUAGGACGGGGUGGUAGCAGCGGGGGGGAAGCAGAGGGGGGGGAUGACGCAGCAGAAGGGUGGCACCCCACGCCUCCCGCAGUGGUGCAGAGCCCGUUCGGAGUUUCCACGCGCCUAGAGGGGCCAGAACCGGGGCAGGCGGAGGAGGGCGGGGACAUGGAUCGGGUGUGGGAGGAGCUGUACGUGCAGAGGGAGUGUGCGUCACAGCCGUCCUCCCCCAAAGAGUCGAGAGGCGCGCUGCCCGCCAUCAAGCGCCUACUGGUCGUGCGCAGGGAGUCAGUGCAGCGCUCAGACAGCCGUGACAGCCUGGCCAGCACUGACAGCCGCAGCAGCAUCUCACGCCAUGCCACACUCGGGAAUGACGGCUGGCAGCAGCUGGACAUGGCGGGUGGGGAGGGGGACGUACCACGGCAGCGGCGGCGGCGGCGGCGGCGGCAUUCGAUGGACUCGAUCCACCUGGAGGCGGCGGGGUUGAAGCAGAGAGCAGCGAGCGAGCUCGCCAUGCACCGCUCGCCGCCGUCGCCGUUAAGCCCGUCCUCUCAAGGCCCCUCCCUGCGCGCUGCAGAGGGCGCCCAUGCAGGGUGGCACGGGCAGCCGGGUGUGAGGAGUGGAAGGCCGAUUCCAGUGGCUCGUCCCGUCCCGUCGCCGCUACAGCCGCCCUCUCCUCGCCUGCCGGCGGUGCGAUCUUCUCCGCUCAUGAGCUACGAGCACCCAGAUCUUGCAUCGCCCCCCCGCCGUGCUGCUGUCCCAGUCCAUGCCCCGAAGCUGCAGCAGUGCAUGACAGGCGCACUACCGGGCCAUGAGGGGCAGGAGGAGGAGAAGGCGUGCAUGCGUGUGCUGUCUGGGGAUGGCUCGUGUGUGAGUGAAACCGGCAGCAUGCGCAUCUACCAUGUUCCUUCUAAACCCAUGGCACCCAGCAGCACCGCUCCUGAUCGUUCCAGCCUGCAUCAGAAGCAGCAAAAGUGGCAGCACAGGCCGGCCCUUGAGGUGCCCCCCAGUCCUGACGGCUUGUCGCCGCAUGCUACUGGCGGACGGAGGCUGAAAUCCGCACCAGUAUCGCCAUCCGGUCACCUUGUUUCACCGCUUGCCUCUCCUGCUGUGGCUUCCUGGGACGAGCCAUGCCGGAUUGACCACAGAGCCUUUGUUAGGCUUUAUACGGAUGAAGGCGCUUCAAGUAACCGGAUGGCCAGUGAUUCUCUUCAAGAGCAGUCAUCUUUCCGCGGCGCAUCCUUCAGUGGAGGGUCGAUGAGGGACCUGUUAAGUGCUGACGCGGGACAAAUCAAAGAGGAUCGUUCCGCGUCGCGAGGGGAUUCUUGCGGGUGCGGAGCUCUCGAGGCGUCGGCGUGCAUUUGCAGCACCGGCGCGUCAUCCCCCUCUCCCUCCGCGCGCAAAGGCACGACCAAGCCCAGCAGCAGCUUCCGCUUCUUCGCGUCGCUCAACCGCUCCGUCAGAAUCGAGAUUCCCGACGACACCCUCCCGCACCUGCCGGUUUCUCAGAGCCUACCGGACCUUCCCGCAGACUCCGCCGCACGCGACCCGAGAAGCACGUUGGAGCUUUUCCACUCGUCGUCGCAGCCGCCGCUAUGGCAGCCCAGCUCGCCAGUGGGCGUGCGCAGUCAGUACGCGGAGUCGAUUCGGGAGCGCGCGAAGCGCGCAAUGGAGUCGCAAGAGGCGAUGGACAGCGCGUGGGAGGACCAGCACGUCGCACAGAUCGCACAGAGCACGCCGACGUCGCCGUGUCGGUCGCCCGGCGCCAUGAACAUGAUGUCGCCCAAGUCGCUCAGGCGAAUGCUGCUAGCACCCGUCCUCUCGUCCACGUCAGCACGCAAAUCCAGCAGCGCAGCGGGCUCGUUCGAGAAGGAGGCGCGGGGGACAGGGUCCGCGCGCGCCAGUGCGCCGAGAGGGGGAGGGUCCGCUUUUGAGCGCGAGAGCGGGCGGCGCACGAGCUCGUUGAAGGGCAGCGUUGAGUGCCCUGCCCGCGUGGAUUGGUCAGGCAGGCUGUCUAGUAGAGACCCUGACAAAGAGCAGCUCGUUGCUAGCCCUAGGAUGGCUCGAAAUCUAACGGUGGACGUGAGGCGCGCAAGCGAGAGCACCGCUGGUUGCGCCGACCUUGACUUUUUUUCUUCCGAGUGGGAGUUCCCGGCCGCACAGAGCGUGCCCUGCGCGCACAGCGGGGAGGAUGCGGAUUCCCCCCCGUACUCCCCGCGCGCGGUCUUCGGGCACAGCUGCAUGCCUCCCGCCGUCUCCGCCGGUCUCCGCAUCAUCUCCUCCCCGCGCUCCUCGUCCCCGCGUCUCUCUUCCCCAAACUCCGCAUCCCCGCGCCUCCCUUCCCCGCGCUCGCCCUCUCUGCGCCUCCCUUCCUUCUCCUCCCUCUCGCACCCCUCCCCGCGGUCCAAAGGCAAGGCCUCCGCUCCCGCGCUACCCAGCGCGCACUCGUGCUCGGGCCCUCUCAGCCCGCAGGUUUCGCGGAAGGUUCCUGCGUGGGAGGAAGAGGAGGUGGCGGUGGUGGGAACGCUGCUCGCAGCAGGCGGCGCGGUGGGGGAGAUCGCCGUCCGCGCUGCUGGGAAGAAGUAG